UAUCAGUGGGCAGAUAUUCAGUCCCAUCUGGCAUUAACCCAAUGGAGAGUAGGAACCAGACUGGGAAACUUGUGGGUGACCAUGAUGACUGACAGCAAAUGGGCUGCUGUAAGAUGCCACAGACACUCACUGUUUUUGGGGCCUUUGGGGGGUUAUUUUUAAUCUCAGUCCAGAUCUGCCUGGUCAGCGACGGUGACUGAACUCCCUAACAGGAAUAGAGAGGCCCAAACAGCCCCAAAGACUAUGACAACAACAUACAUCUGCCCCUUUGGCUACAAACCGGUUGCCUGGGCCUAAUCAAACAUGUGAGGUUACGGCCGUCUUUCUGGUUAUUUACCUUUUAUUUAAUUAAUUUAUUUCGCUUAAUAAUACAACUCUGCCCAGGGUCUGUCUCCCAGUGCCCCAAAUCCUGUCAGAGAGACCCCAGUAUGGGGAAGAUUUCUGCAUGACGCCAUACAGACAAAGAGCUGCCUCACACACACACAACUUUUUACUUUACUGCGGAGUAUCUGUUUCCAGCGCUGACACCUCAAGCAAUUUACAUGCUUUAAGUGCUGCCCAGAGAUAGCCAAUCAGCAAAUGUUAAGUGAGAGCAACACUACGUAGGGCCAAUUAAUGGACAGAAAGUGCGGGUGUAAGGCUACCGCAUCCUCUAAGGACUGUGGUGCUGAUGGGCCGAGUUAUAGUGAGGCAAGGACUGUGAAGCGGAGUGAUAAUGGUGCUGUGUGUGGACGCAGGGUGGAAUGUAUGGAGGCUACAGCACUUAUAAGACACUGGCAACCACGGUGGUUCAGCUGUUAGUGGCGCAAGGCAGAGAUUGGUGGACAAAGCAAUUUGUGGGGGUCAUGUGCUUGGUGAAGGACAAUCCCAGGCGUUCCUACUUCUUCCAGCUGUUUGACCUGCGGGCAGAGAAGAUGGUGUGGGAGCAGGAGAUAUACGAGCAGCUAAAUUACAACACUCCCCGCCUCUACUUCCAUACUUUAUGCUCAAAUGAUUGCCAGACUGGGCUCAAUUUUGCAGAUGAGGUUGAAGCUGCAGCUUUUCAAUUGGUUAUAGAAGAGAAACUAAAGAAAAAACAGCACAGACAAGACAGACGACAGAAUUUACCUCCUCCUCCUCCAGUAUCAGAUGAUCGACGGACCUCUCUACCCCUACCGCUACCACCAGGACCUUUCCCUAAUGGACCCACCAGCCCGCUUCCUCUGGCCCCCUCCCAAAGCCUUAACAUGCCAGCAGUCAACAUUCCCAACCCAGAUGUCACUUCUGCCAGGUACCGGGCCCUGACUGCACCCGCUGACAAGGGCAAGAACAAGAAAGGCAAGAAGAAGUUCUCCAAGGCCGAUAUUGGGGCACCAAGUGGCUUCAAGCAUGUCAGUCACGUUGGCUGGGAUCCCAACAGUGGGUUUGAUGUGAACCAGCUGGAUCCCGACAUCCAUGAUCUAUUCAGUCGUGCAGGGAUCAGUGAUGCUCAGCUAGAAGAUGCUGAAACCUCCAAACUCAUCUAUGACUUUAUAGAGCAGCAGGGUGGGGUGGAGGCAGUGAAGCAGGAAAUGAGGAAAGGAGAGCCUAUACCUCCACCACCUCCUCCUUCCCGCAAUGCACCUCCAGCACCUUCCCAGAGUCGCGGAAGGACUGGCCCAUUACCGCCUCCUCCUGUUCGUGGAUCAAGUGCUCCCCCACUUCCUCCUCCAUCCCGAAGCACCCCACCUACUCCACCUCCAACUGUACGCUCUGGAGGUCCCCCACCUCCACCUCCUCCACCCCCACCAUCAGCCCCAGCACUUCCUGCAACAGGUGGCCCAGCACCUCCUCCACCCCUGCCAGUAAGUCAGAGCACCCCAUCCGCAGCACCUUCAGGAGGACGUGGAGCCCUUUUGGAUCAGAUUCGUCAUGGGAUCCAGUUGAAUAAGGUCACAGAUUCUGCAGAACCUCCUUUAUCUCCUCAGCCCAGCACUGAGGGUUUAGUGGGGGCUUUGAUGCAUGUCAUGCAGAAACGCAGCAAAGCCAUUCAUUCAUCAGAUGAUGAUGAGGAAGAUGGAGCUGAUGAUGAUGACGAUGAUGAAUGGGACGACUGAUUGUUGCUUUUUCUCUUUGACUACUGUGAUUUAUCCUUAUGAAGGGACCCGUAAUGAGAUACUGCCACCAAAAUAAAUGUGGCCCGAAACGUUGCCCUGUUUGAAAUGCUUUGAUACAAUAAAUUUCACGUUUGUUCAAA